UAAUUGAUAGAUUAUAUUGUAUUUUGGUUAUUGUGUUCAUUUUGGAUUCAUGUGUGUUGUAUUUGAAGUGUGUUCAAGUGUGUUUAAGGUGUUUGGUUGGCAAAAUGUAAAUUUCCUUCCUUUGAUGUAAAUCAUGAAUCUUGAAAGUUACUCAAUAAUGGCACACAAAAAAUAAAAAAUAAAAUAACAGCAAUCAUUUAAAUAAGUACCCAAGCAAAGUACACUGAUUCUCUCUAUAAAUUUAUAAAAUUAAAAAAAAUGUUUCUACAUAUAUAAUGAUACAUAAUAUGCUAUAAAAUGUUUUUAUUUUUUUAUAAUUAUUAUUUACAUUUUAUUAUCUGUGAAUAACUAUACAUCUGUUCUUAAGCACAAGAGCGCCAGUUUCCUGUUUUAACCACAAGAGGGCGCUGCUGCUGCGUCAAAUAACGCGUCCGUCUAAAACACGUAUAAUUGGCUAGCGCUGCUGUCAAUCAUUUUCUGAACCAGCCAAUCAAAUAAGAGUUAUAGCAAACACGAACACUGCGUGUUGGUGUGAAGGCGCUAAGUAGGUUACCAUGGAUACCAGCAGACCUAGCUAGCGUAGCUUGACUAGCAGACUAACUGACAAACCAAAGAAAUGUUUUGUAAUAGUAAUGUCGAAUUAUUUUUUCCCUCCGUGUUUGUGUGUGUAGCUUGUUAGCUUGCUUGCGAGCUAAGCGCUUUGCUAACAGGUUAGCUAGUUUAGCUAGGUAAGCUAGCUCCCCGGUGUCGGUGUUGAUCAUCAUGGGGAGAGAUGUGGAGGAGGUCGCGGCUGCUGUGGUGCGGGAAUAUCUCAGCAGAAAGGGUCUGAAGAAAACCAUCGCCUGCAUGGACGAAGAGCUUCCACGGACAAACUCGAGCAUAAACAACCGCUCAGAGCUGUGCCGAGUGCUCCGCCUAGAGAGUCUGUAUAAGAAGAAUAAGUGUGAAGAACAGCCGCUGAAAACGAUGCUGGAGAUCAUGACGAAGGAGCGGAUGAAGAAGGGCGGAGACGUCAAAAGACGCCCCGUCGAAGGGGAUCAAUGCGCGGAGCAGAACUCGUCAAAACCCGGUCCUGACUCCGCCGCUGAUGACGAUGCGAGGAGGGGAAAAGAUCUCGCACAGCUGCACACGGACGAGAUGAGGUUAUCUGAGACGAGCACCGUGUCGCAGCUCGGCUCUUCAUCUCCACCACAGCUGGAAGGAAACCUCAACACCACGUCCCCUACAGCAGGCCUGGGCUCGGAGAAGAAGAGCGGAGGAGCGGACAUUCAGGCGAGCAGGAGCAGCAGAAUGAGGAGAGGCAUCAUGGCAGGUCCUAUUGCUGCCUCCUCUCAGGAAAACACCAGGAGACGUCCUGCCAGAAAGACCGCCGCGUCUCCGUCUCUUUUACCCAAGAACGAAGAAGAGGAUUCAUCCGGACUGAACUGGAGGAGCCGGAGCAGCAGCACGGACGCUUCACACGCCAGAUCGGACGAAGUCAACGCCCUCGAGCGAGAAAGCACGCCGUCUAUCAGACAGAGCAACGGAACGGACAGAUCGUCUAAACUCAGAGCUCACAAAAAUGAAUCAGCGCCGAGUCCCAGACUGGACGCUCUUCACAUGGCGGGAUUGGUUCUGGAUGACGUAGAUGAUCAGGAAGUCUCGGCCGGACUCUCUGCUGUUCUGAAUAAUAACGUCUCACGUCAUCGUGAUUGGAAUAAACUCCCCAUGGACCAGAAAACAGCUACUGCGCUGAAGGAGAUCAUCUUCGGCUCCCCCGUGGCCUGCUUCAGCGAGGAGUGGAGGUGUCAGAGCUUCACCUUUUCCAGCAGACCCGCUCUGAGAUACGGCAUUGUGCAGAAGAAGGGCGGGCCGUGUGGAGUGCUCGCUGCCGUUCAGGCCACCGUUCUCCAGAAACUUCUGUUUGAAGGAACCAGCAGUGACGCACUUUCUGAGAGACUGUCUGACGCUGUGAGGACGAAGUGCCUGACGGACGCCGUGGCUGGAAUCCUGUGGAGAGCCGCAGACAGGAAGAACGUCACCGUUGCCGUAAACUCAGGGAGGAGUCACUUCACCCCCGUGGGCCACUACAGAUCUGAUGGCAUUCUGGAGACGAUCACCUGCGUGAAUGUUCAGAGCUUUGACGACUUAAAGCUGCUGAUCGAACAGCACAUUCAUCAGUUUGAGUCGGGUCCGUUCGGCUGCGUCUUGCUCAUCGUCUCUGCCGUCUUGUCCAGAACGAUUCCGAUGGUGAGAGGGGACAUGGACGUUCCUACUUCCACUCUGAUUGGCGCACACGGCUACUGCACGCAGGAGCUGGUAAACCUGCUGCUCUGCGGACGCGCAGUUUCUAACGUCUUUGAUAACGAGAUGAAGCUCGACUCCGGAAACGGAAAUUUCACGCUGCUGAAGGGGAUCAGAGAGCGCUGCGACAUCGGACUGCUGUCUUUAUAUGAGCAUUACAACAUAUGUAAUGUCGGCUCUUACCUGAAGAACCCGAGGUUUCCGAUCUGGGUUGUGUGCAGCGAGAGUCACUUCAGCGUCCUCUUCUCGCUGUGUGAAGAUCUGACGUCCAGCCGCCGGAGCCCGCGAGAGUUUGACCUGCAUUACUACGACGGCUUGGCCAACCAGCAGGAACCAAUCAGAUUAACAGUGUAUCCAGACUCGGCCGUAAAGACGCCGGACGCUGAGGACGUGGAUUCGGACCUCACACCUCCGCUGGAGCUCUGCAUCAGGACCAGAUGGACAGACGCAGCCGUGAGCUGGAACGACAGCGAGCCCAUCCUCUGAUUUAGGGAUCGAUCAGAACGAUGAUCUCGGUUCCUCAUUGCCUUUUGUUGCUUUUUUUUAAUCAUCUAUAUUUUUGCUGCUACACGAGUAUAGAGUAUUCAAUUUCUUUUUUAUUUGUUAUUUAUUAAAAUAGUUUGCUGUAUUUUUUCCCACCUCAGAGCAGAAUUCCUCAUUGUCACUGUUGUGACUGACGCAAUAGAGGGCGAGGUCACGGAUACUGACACUAAGUUGAUUAAAAAACUGCCAUAGCGCUUAAUAAGGAAUAAAACACUCCGUGUCAUGCUGUUACAGAAAAAUAAUCAGUGAUGUGGUGGUGUGAUGAAGCGGAGUCACUGUCACCCCCCUGAGAAGUUGAUUAUUUUCCUUUAACAGCAUGUCUCUGAGUGUUUUAUUCCUCUUCUUACACAGCAGUUACACAUUUUUAAUGAAUUGAGAACAUCCGAGAAACAUUUAUUUAACGUUUAGAGAAGGAGUCUCCAGUGUUAGCAGUAAAGCUGACAGAGGAGUUUACUUUUUUUGCAGUUUGAUAAAACUGAUAAAAUGUAUGAUGUGUUCUUUAUUAUAAAAAAAUGUAAAUCGUUGGCAAAUUGCUAAGAGGAAUAAGAGGAAUAAAACACUUCAGGACGUGCUGUUACACCAAUACGCUAAAACUUUAAUCUGGUGCGAGUAAACUCAGUGUUAUCUGAUAUCAUUUUUGUUUUCUAAUUUUUGGUUUGAUUUUUUGAUUUGGUUAAUUUGUGUGUGUUUCAGUUGAUUUCUGUAGACAGGAGUGUGUUUGCGUUUAUAUGCUUUUUGAUUUCAUGAUCUGUUGUAUGUUUUUUCUUUUCUUUUUUUUUUCUUUUUUUGAUUUUUGCAUGUUUUAUUUAAUCCUAAUGGGUUGUUGUGCUAUAUUUAAUAUUACCAGAGUGUAUUAUACGGUUUCUUUCUUUCUUUUUUACUUUUAUGAUGAGCUCCUGGCUUUUAUUUCCGUUUUGUUGAAGAUCAGAUAUGAGAUCGGAUUGUGGGUCGAUUUGCAUAAAAGCAUCUGCCAGUUGAAUAAAUGUAAUGUUGCAUAACAGCUACUAAAACAACCGGAUCUAGAUUUCGUAACUCCUAGUGCGUCUACAGUGGAGAUAAAAAGUUUACACACCCCUGUUAAAAUUGCAGGUUUUUUCUUUUUUUCACUUGAAUUGCGCACACACACACACACACACACACACACACACACACACACACUAACGGUUCUGAUUUAUGAUACCAUUUCAACUAUUGCUGUUUGCACUUUUUAAUUAACUUACAGAAUUAUUGUUUAUAAUCAGCAAAAGUAACCAGAAUGACUCAGUGUAUGUGUGUGUGUGUGUGUGUGUGUUACACUGAUAUCAUAAUAUCGGUUAUACCAGAAUAGUUUUAGAAAUCAGAUUUUGUUUCACAUCUCCAGAGGCUGUAUGUGUGUGUGUGUGUGUGUGUGUGUGUGUGUGUGUGUGUGUGUGUCUGGUUUGAUCACGACCAGAUCUUCUGACAAUUUCCUGGGACUCCCCAUCAGUUUAUACAGGACCAUCUGGCAUUUUAAUUUUAGCUUUUCGAUAAUAGACCCAUUUCCACCCACUCACACACACACAGCUCGAGUGUCGUAAUCGACCUUUUUUCCAACACAACACCUGAACACACAACAAUAGUGUCACCUGACAUUCUUUUACUGUUAAUACUGACUGCAUAAACACCACAUUCACUGGCUGAGCUAAAGAUUCACACCAGAUUUACAAAAGCUUCGCUGAUUUUCUUCAUUCUCAAGGCAAUCAUCUAUAAAUUACCACGUGUCCACAGCACAGCUGAUUUACAUUUAGCCACGCCCACAGAGCUCCAUAAAAGGCAGUGCUCACGUAGGGGUGGAAAGAAGGAGCGCCUCCUAAGCGUGGUGUGUGCUAAAUCUUCCAGUAAUGCAGCUCAGCCACUGCAGCGUGUUGGCUGCACCAUAGACACACACUAACUCCUGCUUCCUACUUUUAGAGGUUGCCAUUACUUAAUUCUUAAUUUCUUUAGUCAUUAAAUUGGUUUGUAAUUGAAAUAAGUGAUGUAAAUGUAACAGUGUAAUCCGUAUAUAACAUCAACAACUCAACAAUGAUACGAUUUAAAGUCCAUCACUUAGUGAGGCUCUUUAUACGGAAAUUUACACAAACUCAGGAGCGAAACGUGGGAAACAAACAUUUUCCUAAUUAACCGGAUUUUUCAUGAACACCACAUUUCUUGUGUAAACGCUCCUAUGAACAAUUUUCGAAUAAAUUCGUUUGUAUCCAGUCCGUGAAACAAGUUAGUUCCUGUUCUUACGCUCUUACUCAUGUUAUAGCAGCUAUAAACAGUCGUUCCCUCGCCAGCUUCUCUUCUUUUUAAUCUCUCUUAAAGUUAGUAAGACAGAAAAAUGUAGUUUUUUUGCCUGAAGUUUUUAACUAGUUCACAUAACAGUUCAGCAUAUCUAGCUUGCACAUCUUUGCAACUGAAUAUUAGCUAGCUCUCCAUGAACACUGACGGACCAGAGAUUUUUUUUUAGUUACAUUAGGUCUGACCACAUUAGACAUCCUUUCUACAACAUCGGAAAUACAAGUUUAAAAUGUUCACACUAGCUGUCAUUUCUAACAGGACUGACUAGCAUGCUAACGUUAGUUUCCACUCUUUGUACCCAGGCUGAACUUAGUUAGCAGUGACUAGCAUGUCUAGCAUACAUAUUACCUCUGAACUACUAACUUAAAAAUGAUCUGUUGUACUUUUUAUGUUUAUAAUUACAUUAAAUGUUGUGGAAUGUCUGCAAAACAAUAUAGUACCUCUCUUUCUCUCUCUCUCUCUCUCUCUCUCUUUCUCUCAACACUAAAAAAGUGUAAACUCUGUACUAAAGAUGUCAGAACGUUACAGCUUUACCUCUGACUGUCUAAAAGCCCUGACACUGGAGACUCCUUAAAUCAAUGUUAAAUAAAUGCCUCCUCACAGAAAACUUCACCAUAUGUAUCAUUUUUAAUCUGUUUAUAGGGAACGUCUAUCAUACGAGAAGUCCUUGUGAAUGAGCUGUUAUUACAGAAAUACAGAAAUAACGUAUUAGAACUAGUGCAUUAAUAUAACCCUGUGAUUUAACAGCGCUGUGGUGAAGGUAUCUGCCUCGGUUUAUGGGAUGAUUUGCCAAACACGAGGAACACUUUUGAGAACGCUGCAGGUCUUGGCCGAUGUCAUUAAUCUGACAGACGCAGAUUCACUACAAGCUUAAUUCCUGUUUCUUUGCGCUGAUGUUUAAACGUUAAAAAGGCAUGAAAAAUAUCCUCCAGCAUCCUGUCACUCAACCCGGGGAUGAAAGCAAGAGGAUCUGGCAACCUGACAGCUUUUCUUUUGUGUUUUACUGAUAUUACAUUUAUAAACCUGUAUGUAAAGUAAAGUUAAAAGACAUCUUAAACACCGGUAAAGUUUCCUUCACAACAACAAUGUCCAUGUUUCAGAUAAAAAAAAUACAAAACAUUCAUAAAAUCUACAGAAUGUACAGUUUCAGCUCACUGUAACUCCACUGUACCCUGAAAUAUAAGCAUUAAAAUACUUCGAAAUGUU